CUCGAAAAAUAACGUCAAAGGUACGAAAAAUAUCCGAAUGGGAUACCUGUGUUUUUCGACGAAGACUUAUGACGUCAUGUCGUGGUUUUGGUGUGAAUGAAACAAACAUGGCGGCGUCUUCGAAGACUACUUUGCCUUUUCAAUUCGAACCGGAAUAUGGCGAAGGGGACUCGCAAAAUGACGAUAUUAGUUUAGAAGAUGAUGAAUCAGAAGAAGAAGAAACCGAAGGAGGAAAAGUUAGGGGAGAUCCUUCGUCAUGGUGUUUAUGUGGGCGGUGUGAAUUAAUGGAGACUGCUUCGAUGUGUGUGUGUUGUAAAGACCUAGGAUCUGUUUCUCAUUUAGUCGGAGAUAUUGAGUGUGUAACAUGCCAUCAGAGUUUUAAGAACGUGUGCUUGAACCGAGAUGUGUUGUGGACUGCACUGGUUUCACUUCAUGAUAGAGAAAGUUCUCAUCUUCCUAGUCAUGACCACAUACUGAAUGAGUAAGUCAAGUGCACUUUUGACCUCUUGAUAGGAACUAGCUACAAUAGUUUACUUAAAAAUUGCAGAUCUUUACGCUAUGCUGCAA